AUGCCGGCAACAGUCGAUGAUGAAGGGCUCCAGAGGGCAAUCUUCCAGGAUACCGAGGAAGACGAGCGGAAUCCCGGUGAGGUGACAGCGAUCGGCAUCGACCUGGGGAGCAGCCACUCCCGAGUGGCCGUCUGGCAGGGCGGCAGGGUAGAGGUAAUUCCCGACCCUCAGGGUAAGACAGUCCUCCCCAACUCCAUCGUCUUCUCGGACACUCCCUUCCUCAGUUCCCCAUCCCUCGGUGACUCCAUCUCGAAGCCCAACCCCAUCUUCGAUCUCAAACGACUGAUCGGCAGAACCUGGGAGGAUCCCCAGGUCCGAGAAGACUCCAAAGCCUGGGGAUUCCCCAUAGCCAAUAAUGGACGUCAUCUGGAAAUCGAGGUGGACCACCAGCUCUACACACCUGAAGAGCUCCAGUCCCUCAUCCUCAGGAAGCUGAAGCACACAGCCGAGGAUUACCUGGGAGUCGAAGUCACUGACGCUGUGAUAACAGUCCCUGCGUACUUCAACAACUCCCAGAGGCAGGCGACGAAGGAAGCUGGUGCCCUCGCCGGUCUCAACCUCCUGAAGAUGAUCAACGAUCCAACUGCCUCAGCCAUCACCUACGGCCUCCGUCGAGACGUCAAGCCCGAUGACAAUAUCGUCAUCUUCGAUCUAGGAAGCGGCACCUGCGACGUGGCGAUUGUAACCGUCAGGAAGCAGCAGGGAUUGCUGUUCGAGGUGAAGGCCAUCGCUGCAGAUACUCACCUAGGAGGACAGGAUUUUGAUGACAGACUCUUUGAGUACCUCCUCAACAACUUCGAGAAGAAGCACAGGGUGAAUCUUCCGUCGACGUCGAAAGAACUGAAGCGAUUGAAAUUGGCGGCGGAAGAAGCCAAGCAUACGCUGUCUUCAAACACUGAAGCCAUCAUCUCUGUCAACUCACUGUUUAAUAAUAUAGAUUUGGACGCUAGGGUCUCUAGAGCGCGCUUCGUCGCACUCUGCAUGGACCUCUUCACCGACGCUCUCAGGCUCAUCGACAAAGCCCUAGCCGAUGCGAAGACGGAUAAGAGGGAUGUCAGUGAGGUUGUCCUUGUGGGAGGUUCGACCCGCAUCCCAAAGGUCCGUUCCUUGCUGCAGGAAUACUUCCCCGGGUGCAAGCUUACGAUCUUCUCGAACCCCGAGGAGAUCGUCGUCCAGGGAGCUGCGAUCCAAGCCGCUUUGCUGACUGGCUCCAGCCGGGAUCGACUCGGAAGGGAGAUACUGGUGAUCGAUGUCACUCCGUUGUCUCUCGGGAUUGAGACCACUGGAGGCUUGAUGACGGUCUUUAUAAAACGAAAUACUGGAGUUCCGUGCAGAUUGUCGAAGACUUUUACGACGAUCGGGGAUGAUCAGAGAGGGGUUUCCAUCAAGAUUUUUGAAGGGGAACGGGCGUUGACGAGAGACAAUCAUUUACUGGGGCAGUUUCAACUGUCGGGGAUUCCCUCUGCGCGCAGGGGAAUCCCGAGGAUUGUUGUGUCUUUUGAUUUGGAUGGGGAUGGAAUACUCAAUGUCACUGGGGAGGUGCAGAAUGGCGGGAGGAAGGAGCUGAGGAUCAGUAGAGGGAGUGAGGGGCUUCGACGUAAUGGGGAUGUCAGUCAGAUUGUUAGGAAUGCGAGGAUGUUCGUGCAGGAGGAUAUCGGGGAGGUUGAGAAGAGGAAUUCUAGGCGGAAGCUGGAGGAUUAUGUUAAUUAUGUGAGGGAGAAUUUGGAGAACUUUGAGGACCGGAGGGGGCUCGAGGAGUCGAUGAGGAGGGACGUGCAAAGGGAGGAUUGCCAGGAGAUUGAUCAGCUCUGUCGGGCUGUGGACAGGUGGCUCAUUGCGGAGGAGUUUGAGGAGACUAGGAUUUAUGAGGAGGAGCUGGAGAAUCUUCAGCAGAAGUGCGACUUGGUUGUUUCUUCGUGCAGGUGGAAACGAUUGAGGACGAAGUAA